UGCUGUCCGGGCCCACCUCGCCUUUGAACUUCGCCGCUUUUGGCUCCUGUUCAUCUGCCUCCCCGCAUUCUCAGCCAGGUGCAGUGCUAAGGCAAGGCAGCUCCGGGGAAGUCAGGGGAGGGGGGGAGCCACGGCCGGAGACGCAAGAGAAGAGAAGGGAACUAGAGAAGGCGAAGGUGGAGAGGGAGAGGAGGAGCUUCCUGCCCUCUCCAGAAAAUUACCUGGCCACUUAAUCCCAGAGACUCUGGUACUUGGGCCCCAGUCUCAGGUGCCCACAGCCCCUCGGCCGAAAGCCCUCUCAUCCCCCGCCCUCCUGUCCCGGUUCGCCCCCCGGGGGCUACCUGGGUGCUGGGACUGGAAUGAUCAGCUGAACUUUGCCGGAUCAGUUCUUCUCUCUGGCUUCCCCUCAGCUGCGCCAAGGAGAGGGGAGCUCAGAGUCCCGGCUCAGGACGGAAAGACAGACUGCCAACCGCUCCCAGGCUCGCCCACAGAGCCCCUUGCACUCCCCACCCCCGCCCGCCUAGCCGCCGGGACCAUGUCCAAACCUUCAGACCACAUCAAGCGGCCCAUGAAUGCCUUCAUGGUAUGGUCCCGGGGCCAGCGGCGCAAGAUGGCCCAGGAAAACCCCAAGAUGCACAACUCGGAGAUCAGCAAACGCCUAGGCGCCGAGUGGAAGCUUCUGUCGGAGGCAGAGAAGAGGCCAUACAUCGACGAAGCCAAAAGGCUGCGCGCCCAGCACAUGAAGGAGCACCCUGACUACAAGUAUCGGCCACGGCGCAAGCCCAAGAACCUGCUCAAGAAGGACAGGUAUGUCUUCCCCCUGCCCUACCUGGGCGACACGGACCCGCUCAAGGCGGCCGGCCUGCCGGUGGGGGCCUCCGACGGCCUCCUGAGCGCGCCCGAGAAAGCCCGGGCCUUCUUGCCGCCUGCCUCGGCGCCCUACUCCCUGCUGGACCCCGCGCAGUUUAGCUCGAGUGCCAUCCAGAAGAUGGGUGAAGUGCCCCACACCUUGGCCACCAGCGCGCUGCCCUACGCGUCCACCCUGGGCUACCAGAACGGCGCCUUCGGCAGCCUCAGCUGCCCCAGCCAGCACACGCACACGCACCCGUCCCCCACCAACCCCGGCUACGUGGUGCCCUGUAACUGUACUGCCUGGUCUGCCUCCACCCUGCAGCCCCCCGUCGCCUACAUCCUCUUUCCAGGCAUGACCAAGACUGGCAUAGACCCUUAUUCGUCAGCCCACGCCACGGCCAUGUAACCCCCAGCCUGGCCCGGACCUGAAGGGUGGCCUGGAAGCGGGGUCUGCACCCUGUCCUCUGCGCCUAGUCCUGGCCUGCAGAUGCCUCUGGGUCAGCCCUGCUGCUGCCCCUUACCCUACCCAGACUCUGCCUCUCUCUUCCAGGGGAAAGGGAGGGGCAUCCUCCCGGACCCAAGGCGCAGACAGGUGCAGAAACUUGCAAACAUUAUGACAGCUACACAGCUGCCCCAUCCCUACUCUCCCCAAACAAAUCUCCGACUGUACCCCCUUUGGACAAAAAAGUGGGCAGUUUUGCUUUAUUUAUGUCCCCUUCACUCUCCUCGGAUAGGCUUUGGACUCGGAACUCCCAGAUCCUGGUAUUAUAUCUAGAAUAUGCAUAUAUAUAUUUUUUUCUUUUUCCCCCUGAAGAAAAGAGACAGUUGGGUCUCCACUUUUCCAUCAGACACAACUAGGCACCAUUUACUCUUCAUGUGUGGGGGGAAAGAAAAGCUUAAAAGUUUAAAACUACAAAAAGGGAAACAUUUCUAUUUAAAACCAUGCUAUAAUAGUGUUUGCUUCUUUAAAGGGAAAACAAAAAAAGGACCGACCCACUUUGCUAUUUGUGUAAAGCAGUGCUCCUAGAGACCUAAGUUUACUUUUAGACAGAAUGUCGGGUUAUGAAGUCAGGAAGUAGAAGGUGAACAAAAAUUAAAAUAAUAAAAACAUCCUUAAUGAUCACAAAUGUUUUGACGAUGUCUUGGAAAUGUACCUAGAAGGAUUUUACCUCGUUACUCUGUUCAUUUGUUGAACAAAGACGUUUUGAAUAAAGACAAUCUGUCAUUGCAAAGAGUAA